GGUUUCCCCCUGGAAUACACGGGGCACGAGUGGGACGAGGAGCCGUUGCGAGUGCUGGUGGUGCCACACUCCCACAACGACCCGGGCUGGCUGGAGACGGUGGAGGAGUAUUACAGGUCGAGCACUCGCGGCAUCAUUGACACCAUCGUCAACGCCCUCUCCGAGAAACCGACUCGCAAGUUCAUAUGGGAGGAGAUGUCGUACCUGUCGCGGUGGUGGAUGGACGCGAGUGAGGAGAUGAAGGGCAAGCUCAAGGCGCUGCUGCGGAACGGCCAGCUCGAGAUCGUGGGCGGCGGAUGGGUCAUGAACGAUGAGGCAAACUCUCACUACUUCGCCAUCCUCGAGCAGAUAACGGAGGGCAACACGUGGCUGCACGAUGCAAUAACGGAGGGCAACACGUGGCUGCACGAUGCAGUGGGGGUGGUGCCCACCAACUCAUGGUCCAUCGACCCAUUCGGCUACAGCGCCACCAUGCCCUACCUGCUGCACCAGUCCGGCUUCCACAACAUGCUCAUUCAGCGCGUGCACUACGAGAUCAAGAAAGUCUUAGCUAAGCGCCGACACUUAGAGUUCUACUGGCGCCAGGCGUGGGAUAAGAGCGGCGGGAAGACGACCCUGGGGCCGGGAGGGGAUGGUGGGGGGGAACAGGGGAGUGGGGAAUCAGGGGUGGGUGAACAGUCAGCAGCAGCAGGCGGGGCAGCAGCAGCAGCCGCAGCAGAGGGUGCAGCAGAAGCAGGAGCAGGAGCAGCGGGGAAGACAGACAUUCUAUGCCACAUGAUGCCAUUCUACUCGUACGACAUCCCACACACGUGCGGGCCAGACCCCUCUGUGUGCUGUCAGUUUGACUUUGCUCGCACGGCUGGUGGCGAGCACUCCUGCCCGUGGGGCAUGCCUGCUGUGGAUAUCACACCUCAGAACGUGGCAGAGAGGGCAGCGACCAUUCUGGACCAGUGGCGCAAGAAAUCCCUUCUCUAUCGCUCCAAGGUCGUCCUGGUCCCUCUGGGGGACGAUUUCCGCUACCCCACCAUGCUGGAGGCGCACGCCCAGUUCACCAACUAUGAAAGCCUCUUUGACUAUUUCAACUCCCGCCCGGACCUUCGAGUCAACGCCAGCUUCGGCACCCUUGGGGACUAUUUCAAUGCUGUCAGAGAGGCUGCUGUUAGGGAGGCUACUCUCCAUAGCAAGGGCGCUGUUAUCGGGGCUACUUCUGUUGACGAGGUUGCUGCUGUUAACGAAGCGUCUCUUAACGAAGCCCAGCAGGACCUUCCGUCCGAGCACCCGGUGUUCACCUCCCACGAACUCUCAUCCGAGCCCACCACCAUCUCCACCCGCCACCUUCUCUCCACACACCCCUCCUCCCACCCCUCCUCUCUCCUCUCCUCGAUCCCCGCCUCUCACCCCUCCGCUCUCGCUGCCCACCUCUACUCCCUCCCCCCCUCGCUCCACCCGAACCUGCCCUCCCUCUCUGGAGACUUUUUCACAUACGCGGACCGAGAGCAGGAUUACUGGAGCGGGUAUUUCACCUCUCGCCCCUUCUGGAAAGCCGUAGACCGUGUGCUAGAGUCUGCUGUACGAGCAGCAGAUAUCCUCUUUGCUCUGACGUGGUCUCAGCUGCAGGCGAGAGGGGGUGGCGGAGGGGGGGGGCUGAUGACGCGGAUGCUGGGGGGAGCGAGUAAGGAGGGGGGAGAGGUGGGGGAGGUGAUGGAGAGAUUGGCAGAGCAGGCGGAGUGGAUGGGGAAGGGAGCGGGGAAGGGUGGGAGGGGGGUGGGGGGAGGGCAGCGUGGGGAGGACAACUUCCUGCAUCUCCUGUUUCCCCUCAAUUUUGCAGAGAGGCUGGUUCGCGCACGGCGCAACUUGGCGCUGUUCCAACACCACGACGGCAUCACUGGCACGGCGCGGGACCCUGUGGUGAUGGACUAUGGGCUUCGCAUGCACACCGCCCUUAAUGACCUCAAUGACCUCAUGUGUGCGGCGGUGGUGGCGCUGCUAUCAGACUCGCCCACGCAGGACCCUGAGAAGUCCCCCGUUCACCUGCGCCCAGAGCAGCACCGCAACCUGCAGCACAUCCUGCCCGCCCACUUUUCCCCCAUUCUCCCCCCCCUUCCCCUCUUCCCUUCUUCCCCCUUUGACCUCAUGUGUGCGGCGGUGGUGGCGCUGCUGUCAGACUCGCCCACGCAGGACCCUGAGAAGUCCCCCGUCCAGCUGCGCCCAGAGCAGCACCGCACCCAGCAGCACAUCCUGCCCUCCCACCUCCCCCUCUCCUUCCCCUCCUUCCCCUCCUCCACUCCCCUGUCUGUUUUAGCCAGAGAGCCUGCAGGGGUGGGUGGUGGAGGAGAGGGAGGGGGGAGGGAAAAAGUGGGAGCAGCGGGGACGGGGGUUGGAGGAGGAGAAUUGGGAGGGGAGGCAGCAGGGGCUGGAGCAGGGAUGGGAGGAGGGGUUGGGGGAGGUGACAGUGGGGAAGGUGGGACUGGGGGAGGCGUGGAUGUGGGAGGCAGGCGGCGUGUUCUGGAGGUGAAAGUAGGGGAGCAGUCAGGCACGGAGCGGAAGGGGCUAGAGGUGCAGGAGGGGCAGGGAGGGGAGGGUGGCACGGUGCGGCGCGUUGUGGUGUAUAACCCUCUGGAGGAGGAGGUGAAGCAGGAGUUGAAGCAGGCGAGCAAGGGGAAGAUGAAAAGGGAGCAGGGAGAGAGUGGCACGGUGCGGCGCAUUGUUGUGUAUACCCCUCUGCAAGAGGAGGUGAAGCAGGUCAUCUCUGUGGUGGUGGAAAUCCCUCUCGUUGCAAUCAUCUCAGUGGUGGUGGAGAUCUCGCUGGUCUCAGUGCUCAGCCCUAAGGGCACGUGCCUUCCCGCCCAGAUCAUGCCAGAGUGGGUCAACCCGCCCCCUUUCACUCCCAAGCCUCUCCAAAACGCCACCUCUACCACCACAGCUAGUAGCGGCACUCUCCCAACUGACACCUCCACUGCUGCUGCCACAGCCACAGCUGGAGCCACUGCUGCUGCUGCUGAGUCUGCUGCCCCUCUGUCUGUCACAACAGGGAGACACAGGUUGUUCUGGGUAGCCACAGUGCCGGCUCUCGGUCUCCAAACCUUCGUGGUCGGCCCGCCCGAAACUUUGCCCAACUGCCCGGCAGCAGAGCUCUCGCGCGUCGAAGUUUCCAACCCGCCCGCGGGAUUCGUUUGCCCGAAGCCGUAUAACUGCACCGUGCACGAUCCAAAGGAGGACGACGCCUUUUCGAUCGGGAACCACGAGCAGCGAGUCAGAUUCUACGCUGCGAGUGGACUCAUGAAGAAUAUCCAGCAUAGGAGAAUCAUCAGGGACACAAUAGUGGACGAGCAAUUCGCAGUGUAUACCGGUCGGAGUGGGGCGUAUCUGUUUCUCCCUGGUGGUGACGCGGUCCCUAUAGUAACUGACGGUGGUGCGUCGUUUAUAUCCCGAGGGGAGGUAGCAGAGGAGGUGCAUACAGUGUUUAGUUUCCUGCCUGUGGAAGCGUGGGACGGGACAGGGCAGAUGCUGGGGGAAUGGGAGCUGCAGCAGCGGCGGCAGUGGCGGCUGCAGAGGCGGAAGCAGCAGCUGCAGCAGCAGCGGCAGAGGCAGCAGCAGCAGCAGCAACAGGGGCUGCAAAGGCAACGGGAUAGGGAGGCACAGGGUGGAGGUGGAGGGGACAAGGGGCUGAGAAUGGACAGGAACGAGAAUACACAAGCACAGGCGGUUGCAAGGAUGCCCGGGGAUGAGCAUUGGCUUGAGGAUUCACACGCGCAGGCGCUGGCACAGGGACAGGCGCAGGUGCAGGCGCAGGUGCAGGCGCAGGCGCAGGUGCAGGCGCAGGCGCAGUUGCAGGGGCAGAUUGGAGGCCGAGGGGAGCAGCAGGAGGUUCGGCCGUUGAGUGAGGUGGAGGCGAUGAGGCAGAGACUAAGACAGCGGGCACAGCCGGGGGAUGUGGUGCUGUGGCAGCAGGAUCAGGAAGGGCAGGGCGGGCAGGGGGGGCAGGGGGGGCUGGGCGGGCAGGGAGGGCACGGAGGGCAAGGAGGGGAGGGAGGGCAAGGAGGGGAGGGAGGGCGAGGGGUGAGUUUGCAGCAGCUGCAGUACCCAGAAGUGGAAGUGGGGCCGUAUUCAGGGAGAAUGCAGCAGCUGAGACAGUUCCAGGUGGCUAGGAGACGGCUGCUGGGGGAGAGUGGUGGUGUGGGAGAGGAUGAGGAGGAGGAUGAAGAAGUUGCUGCUGGUGAUGAUGAAGGAGAGGAGGAAGAGGAGGAAGAGGAGGAAGAGGAGGAUGAAGUUGUUGCUGCUGCUGAUAAUGAGGGAGAGGAGGAGGCUGAGGAGGAGGAGGGUGAGGAAAACGAAGAUGGAGAUCACACCCAGGCAGAUCACAUCCUUGCACCUGAAGAACAUGCUGUGGUUGAGAACCACGCAGGGGGGGUAUCAGAGGCUGCAGCAGAAAUGGUGGGUGGGGAUGGGGAGGCAUUGGUUGGGGGUUUGAGGAGAAAGCUUUUGCAGGUGAGGCGUAAGGGAAGGAAGAAGAGGAAGGGCAGGAAGGGGAGGAAGAGAAGUGUGAGUGGGGCAAGUGGGGAGGAUGGUGGUGUUGCCAGUGGUGAAAUUGGCAGGGCUGAUGAAAUGGCAGGGUUGGGGGGGAGUGGGAGCGGUGCUGCUGCUGAUGUCGAUGGUAGGGGGGCAGCGGUAGGGACGAGGAAGAAGGGACGGAAAGGGAAGCUGAAACGGAGGAAAAGAAGGGGGCAGCACCAGGAAGGGACAACCGAUGCAAGUGGCGCUGUUGGUGCUGCUGGUGAUGCUGGUGGUGGUGAUGGUGGUGGUACUGAAGGUGCGACAGGUGCAGUUUCAGGAGAGAGAUUGGGUGAAGGAGCCCUGAGUGGAGCAGGAACGCUCAGGUUUCAUGGAGGGCUGCCAGUAGUAGGGAUGGGAGAAGGAGGGGUGGGAACAGGAGGGGUGGGAGCAGGAGGGGAGGUUGGUCAUAGGAUCCGGAAGAGAGUACAUGAUGGCAGUGACUUUGACGCUGCUGCUAGAUCGGAAUUGCCUGAGCAGGUCAUUACAGUGCACAGCACAGAUAAUGAUGCUGGUGGUGGUGAUGGUACCGGUACUGGUGUUGGUGGUGCCGGUGCUGAUGCUGGUGAUGUUGGUGGUGGUGGUGUUGAUGCUGAGAGCAAAGGCGGGGCGGAUGGAGGGGCGGACGAGGGGCACGAGGUGGGAGUGGAGGAGGACGAAGGGGAGCAAGAAAGGCCUGACCCAGCGAGUCUAGACGUGACCCGCCGCGACUGGGAGAGCAGCAGCGGCGACGGCGGUGGCGGCAGUGGGGAGCAGGGCAGUCAGGAGGGUGAGGGUGAUCUCGACUUGGACGAGCUCCAGAAGGCAGCAGAGGCUGCAGCCAAGAUGGAUAAGCAAGGGUGGGAGGAGGCGGCGGAUGGGCUGGAGGAGCCGCAGGUCCUGGAGGAGCCAUUGUUGGAGGAGGAGGAACCUCUCAUGCCGGUCGUGCGCUCUGUCAUGCUCUACAAAGUCAGGGCCCCUCAGGGCCUGCUGAUAGAGACCAAGCACCUAGUCAACAUCUCAUCAACAGCAGUGGACAACAAGGAGCUCGUCGUGCGCUACCGCACGUCCAUUGACUCCUCACACCUCUUCCACACCGACUCCAACGGCUUCCAGACCGUUCGCCGCGAGACGCUCCCCAAGCUGCCCACGCAGGGCAACUUCUACCCCAUGCCCGCCCUCGCGUUUAUUCAAGACCCCUCUGGAAUCCGGUUCUCCGUUCACACGCGCCAGGCUGUGGGCGUGGCCAGCCUUAAGACUGGCUGGUUGGAGAUGAUGUUGGAUCGCCGGCUCUCACAGGAUGACAACAGGGGCAUGCAGCAGGGAGUGUUAGACAACCACCCCACACAAACCAUUUUCCAUCUCGUCCUCGAAAGAAACACCUCCGCCCGCCCCUUCCCCUCCGCCUCCUCCUCCGCCGCCCUCCUCCCCUCCCUCACUUCGCAACGAAUUGGCUCGCGCCUCAACUACCCGCCGUAUCUCUUUGUCGGGCAGCCCGAAAGCCCGUCGAAAUUCGUUUCCGGGCAGGAUGUAGAUGCCGGACGAGGGGCUGGCAAGAAGGGGAGUGGCAGUAGCAGCAGCAAGGCAGUGAAACCGGGUGUUUUGGCUGGCACUGCGGAGCCGAAGCCGGGCGGCCUUGGUUGGACGUAUUCUCCACUGGGCCGCCCAUUACCGUGUAACAUGCAUGUGGUCAGCUUCAAGGUGCAUCGGCCCAUGCCCAAUGCCUCGGUGCACUCCGAGCCGCCUCUAGCCCUGGUGCUGCACCGCAGGGGCUUCGAUCACAGCUUUGGGGGCGCGCAUCGUGAGGCUCCCUGCAAGGUCACCCCCACUGGCCAAGUGCACCUCGCGCGUCUCUUCUCCGGCGCUUAUGUAACAGAGUUCGAGGAGUUCCCACUUAACCUCGUCCGACCCAGCCCAAUAGCAGCAGAUUUGGGGUCGCCUGGUCAGGGUUCGGAGGAUUCACUCGCGAACAUGCCGUACACCGGAAAGAGCUCGCUCGCUCUUAUCGCGAGGGUUUCUGCAGUUGGAGUGGGUGUCGCCUACGGCGCGACGAUGCUCACGUACCUGCGGGCAAAGAAGGCUGCAGCUGCAAAGAAGAAUCCUGGCCACCAUUAA